UGCAAAUGCGGAGAGGGAAAGCAGUGUUUCGUCAAUGGAAGACAUAAAGAGAAGUUGGUAGAAUUUCUAUUCAGUUUUGAAUAAAUAUAGUAGGCUAGGCUACUUAUUACAAACGAAUAUUUGUUGUAUCACGCGCAAAGUAAUAGGACUUUAUAACCACGUUAUAAGAUAUAUCUUGGUGAGGUUUGAGUUUGCCAUUAUUCAGUUCAACGAUUGACAAAUGAAUGGCUCUGAUAGUGACUGAUCGGAGCUGCAAAUUGAAUUGGUCAUCGACAAUUUACGGUAGGAUUGGCACAAGAAGAGAAGGCAAGACAAGCAGAAGCGGUAAAAUGCAGCCUAAAGACACGGAAUAUUCAACAGAUGGGUUACCCAAAGCAUUUUUACAAAGUUUGAGGACACUCUUUGACAUCCUUGAUGACGGGAAGAGAGGGUAUGUGCACAUAUCGGAGAUUGAGAGUCGAUGGCAAGGGGCAGAUACACAUGAUUUGCCCGGCGGGGUGCUGGAGUGCCUGAGGCGGGUGGCCCCACCGCAUGGUUGCCUGACAUUUGAGCGCUUCGUGGCGGGGUUGCGAUACUCCAUGCUGAACCCGGACAACAACAACCAAAUGAAGGGCCAGUCUGCUGUGCACACGGAACACCCGCACUCUAAUCAGCACCAUCUGCCAGCGCAAAAACCAGCCCCGCUCUCUGCCUGCUCUGUCGGAACUCGGAUAGAAAACAAAGUUAUUCCACUGGAUUCGAGCAACGGGACCAACAAUACGCAUCACAACCGCGCGUCCUCACUUCAGUGUCGGUCCAGACAUGAGGAGGGGAACACUGGAUACCCAGUCACCUCUGCCGCAGGUGGCCCCAUGCGGUACACCAAUGCGGGUUAUGAGAGAUCAGGCAGAAGUUUGGAACGGAUUCCUAUUGUGCUCGAAAGCGGUUCGUAUCGAGCAGAUUCGGCUCGAAUGGUGAAGCGAGCGCAUCCACAGCAGAGUCGGGUGAGGUCCAUAGAGUCCCUUGCGCUCGAGUCACCAAGCCUCCAAAAACCAAGUAUUGUGGACGCUGGUUUGCCGAGGUCCCAGAGUGAAUCAGCCACGGGAUUCACUGCCUCCAGACGCCAUGGGCGGAGCCGGGAUGAGCAGAGACGCCACACCAUCACCAAUGGAGUGGGUUACGGAAUGCUGAAGCAGAUGAAGGAGUUGGAACAGGAGAAGGACUCUCUGCUGGCUGGUCUGGACGUGGUGGAGCGGGCUAGAGAGUGGUACCAGACCCAGAUCCACAAUGUCACAGAGAGACAGAGACACGUGGGCCAGAGCAACCACUGCACGGAUUUCUUCACAGAAUCCCAGAAUCAAAGUCGCAUGGAUGUUCUGCUUCCCAAGCUGCAGGAAGCCAAUCGCUGCCUUAAUGACCUCAUUUCCUGCUCUGGAAUGCAGGCUUUCCCAUUCUCUGGCACCCAGCCCACAGCAAUCUCCUCCAGCUCCCAGCCUCCUGCCCCUGCCCCACCACAAGCCAUUCAGAGACUUAAGGACCAGAACCGCCUUCUCACCCAGGAGGUGACUGAUAAGAGUGAGCGCAUCACUCAGCUGGAGCAGGAGAAGUCUGCUCUGAUCAAACAACUGUUUGAGGCUCGCGCCCGGAGCACGCAUGACAGCAGCACCAUGGACUCCACCUUCAUCUGAAUACAGACACCAUAAUACAACUGUAGUGGUCUCCAGCUCUAUCUGCCCCCCCACUCACAACAAGACAACUGUAUCAGACUCAACUCACCACUCCUGGCAUGAUGAAAGCACCUUGAACUUUGACCCCCCACUUGACCACACCCUCUGGAUCUCCCCAACCGACAACUCCACUUAAAAUGGCCUGCACACUAAUCUGGGCCGACCCCUCCUAGAGGAGAGAGACUCCCGAGUCCACCGUCCUCUGAUACCUCACCCACUGGGCAGAAAGCCUGGAACACCAUAGUCUAACCAUUCCUAACUGGGACCUGCCCAGGAUUCUACUCCCCCUCGAAAUACUCCAAGGAUCUAUUGUGAUCCACUAGGAUCCUACCUUAUUGGACCAGACUUUACGUUCACCCUCCCUCCCAUCACAGUAUAAGCUAUGUGAUUGGACAUCAUGAACUAAAUCCCAAACCCCUACAUGGAGCUACUGGAUCCCUGACAAUCACCAUGACAACAGCUCCUGUACAAAUGCAUUAGUUGGAGGGAUUUCAUUGGACACACACCACAAAAUGUAUUUAUUUUAUGAAACAUUUAUUCCAGAUACUUUGAUCUCAGUCACACUUUGACACACAUAUUUCUCCCCUUGUAUUCCAAUAUAUUCACUUGUGUAUCUCAAACCUAAUUGAAAUGGUUGGUAUGAUGAGAAGCUGGGCUCUCUUGACCUGGCGGAGCUUACUGGUUUCUAGAGAGCUUUUCCCAUCCCUGGGCGCCGAAGACAUGGAUGUCGAUUAAGGCAGCUCCCCGCACCUUUCUGAUUCAGAGGGGUUGGGUUAAAUGUGGAAGACAAAUUUCAGUUGAAUACAUUGUUGGACAACUGACUAGGUAUCCCCUUUUCCCUAAGGAGAACAACAUGACUGUAUAGUAUCUCAUUUACUGUUUGUCACUCUUUGUACCCUUAAGUGAGCCAAAUACACAUGAUGUGAAGCACUAGUAUAUAUAGUCUAUUAUAAACUGUGUGGUUUGAACCCUGAAUGCUGAUUGGCUGACAGCUGUGGUAUAUCAGACCGUAUACCAAAGGUAUGACAAAACAUUUAUUUGUACUGCUAAUUACGUUGGUAACCAGUUUAUAAUAGCAAUAAGACACCUCAGGGGUUGGUGGUAUAUGGCCAAUAUACCACGGCUAAGGGCUCGUGCAUAAGAACAGCCCUUAGCCAUGGUAUAUUGGCCAUAUACCACACCCCCUCGGGCCUUAUUGCUUAAUUACUCAACAUUUUAGGAGUAGAACAGAAUAGCAACUUGUAACUGUCGUUUUGUUUCCCUUAAAGGGAAUGUAUUGAGAGCACUAGGAAAGUGACACGUCCUACAAGCCAAGGAGACCUAGUAGAGGAGAGGGUAGGAGAGAAGUUUGCACGUAGAAGAGACUUGAAGAUGAGAAGGAUGGGUAUUUAUUGAAUGUGUUUGAGCCCUGGUCCCUGGUGGCAGAGGGACCACUGGAACGGGACAGGGUUCAGAGAAGAGUAAUGUUGGAUUGGCUAGUGGGAAAAAACGAUUCCUCCUUGGUUGAUAGACUUCAAAUGUAAUUUGCUGUAAUGAUUCAUGCGAGACUGGCUUUAUAGUGCCACUUCCUCUCUGCCUUCCUACAGAGGUGUCUCAGAGCCUUUGUGUCAAAAAUGAGUAAUGCCAUGUUAGUACAGGAUGAACAGAAUGUGCUUUGUGACACCUGGUUCGCUGAGAGGUUAAAACCAAGCAUAAGUACUGCUGCUCUUUCAAUGCUGUGCUCAUAAUGGUCCCACCAAACCAGAAUCUAAACCAGUGGCCUCAUAAACCACGUAGUCAACUGGGCCCAUUCAAUCUUAAAUCCUCUUACAUUUCUAAUUGAGAAUAUGUUUUUUAGUGGCAGUAAUUGCUAUUUAGCGCAACUAUGUAAUGAUUUUGCAUUGCAACUUUUACUAGGUACUGUUGUGAUGUCUGCAUAUAAAUACUCUCUGCUGUGACAGACUACCUAGCUGUCUCCUGUUUGAUUGUAUGUCUUUGGUCUUGUGAUUAUCUUGCUUCACAUUGUAUGUUAGUGAAUGUCACGCUAUCCUUUCCUCUUUCUAUUUAUCUAUUUCCACUUAACAGUAAAAUAAACUUGCCCAUAAGGUGCGCCCGGGUGGCGCAGUGGUCUAUUGCACUGCAUCGCAGUGCUAGCUGCGCCACCAGAGUCUCUGGGUUCGUGCCCAGGCUCUGUCGCAGCCGGCCGCAACCGGGAGGUCUGUGGGGCGACGCACAAUUGGCAUAGAGUCGUCCGGGUUAGGGAGGGUUUGACCGGUAGGGAUAUCCUUGUCUCAGUAUGUAAAAUGUAAUGAAAUGUAAAAAAUGUUAUAAAAUGUAUGCACUCUACUGUAAGUCGCUCUGGAUAAGAGCGUCUGCUAAAUGACAAAAAAAAAAAAAAAAAAAAGGUGCCAGUAAGGUCCUAUAAUCAUUUAUCUUGUAGUGUUUCAGCUUCUGAUCACUUUGGCUUCGCUCUUCUAUUCCUUUGUAUUACAGGGUCAAUCCAGAUGGCGGUCAUCAGUGGUAGAGGGUUUUGAAGAUUUGAUAUAUUGCCUCUUGUUGCACAAAGUUUACUUGAUUUAUAAAGCGGUCACCUCUAUUCAGGGGGAUUUUAUAGGAUGUCGACUGAAAAGCAGUUGGGUGCAGGUGUCUCCAAGUCAUGUUUUACAUGGCACAGUUGGGAGCUUAGACCUUUCAUAUUACUCCUCAAUUAAUAUUCCAACCUCUUUUCGAGCACGGCAAACAUUUAGAAAAUGAAGUAAAAUAGAAAGAAUACUUACUUUGGUUAAACAAAUGUAUAUAUGGACAGCACACCGGGAAAAGAUAACACAUUUGUAUUAUUAUUUGAUUGAGUUGUCAGAAAACAUGAAUUCAAUUUGAAAUCAACCAAACCUUGUUGUUGAUUUGUGGCUGGAACCUGGGUUAAAUGUAGAAACCGGAAACAUCUAUCAAAGAGCCAUGUCGAUGCAAUGUUUUACAUUAUGGGACCAACGUAGUCUCAAACAAUGUUUGCCAGUGCGGGGUGUCUGGAAAAUCUAGGAUCUUACAACUGCUGGUACACAAAUGUCUGGAUGAGAAAGUAUGUUAGUGAGGAAGAGAACAGGUAUUCGAUGAGAUGUAAUAGGGCUCAUGUGUUUCUCCUGCGUGGUGGAGAGAAUGAGGCCUGGUUGUGUAACGUUUGUCUAGAGAGAGACUGACGGAUACAUCCUCAUCUGAUACCCUUUGUUCCCCUUCUAUUGUAUAACUCCUUGUGUCUGUUGUUGCUUGUUAAUAGCACCAUUAAAUAAUCACACACUUAUACACUA